AUGGUGGGACUUAAACCCUCAGAUGUUCCCCCUCCACUGGGGGUGAAGAUGGCGAGUGCUGGGGCUGCAGCCUGUGUAGCUGACCUUUUCACAUUUCCUCUGGACACAGCCAAAGUCAGACUACAGAUUCAGGGAGAGAUGAAGGGAGUGGAAGGCAUCCGCUACAGAGGGGUGUUUGGGACAAUCAGCACCAUGAUCCGCACAGAGGGGCCCAGGUCUCUGUACAACGGGCUGGUAGCGGGGCUGCAGAGGCAAGUGUGCUUCGCCUCCAUCAGAAUUGGCCUCUACGACAAUGUCAAAAAUUUCUACACUGGUGGCAAAGACAAGCCUGGUGUACUGGUACGUAUUCUGGCUGGCUGCACUACUGGCGCUAUGGCGGUGUCUUUCGCACAACCCACUGAUGUGGUCAAGGUUCGAUUCCAAGCUCAGAUGAACCUGGAUGGUGUGGCUCGUCGGUACACUGGCACAAUGCAAGCCUACAAACACAUCUUCCAGAAUGAGGGCAUACGUGGACUCUGGAAAGGCACACUACCCAAUAUCACAAGAAAUGCGCUCGUCAACUGCACAGAGCUGGUUACAUACGACCUGAUCAAAGAGGCCAUCCUUAGACACAACCUGAUGUCAGACAAUCUGCCUUGCCACUUUGUAUCUGCCUUUGGUGCCGGCUUUGUCACCACGGUGAUCGCUUCCCCAGUAGAUGUAGUGAAAACUAGAUACAUGAACUCACCACCGGGCCAGUACAAGAGUGCUAUCAACUGUGCCUGGACCAUGAUGACUAAAGAGGGGCCGACAGCUUUCUACAAAGGAUUUGUUCCCUCAUUUCUGAGGUUGGGAUCGUGGAAUGUUGUGAUGUUUGUCUCAUUCGAACAAAUCAAGAGAGCCAUGAUGGUCACAAAGAAGAAAAUUGAGGACAGAAAUUGA